GUCUGAAAACAUUUCUAUGAUAUAAACUUUUUCCGCGAGGAUACAUUUCAGCUUUACCGUUUCACGUGUCAUGGAAUUAUUUUAUAAAUUAUUAGUGUAAGGAUCUAACACAAUGGAAGAAAUUCUAAACGAAGUCGGUACGUACCCGCCGACCCCCGCGCCGGUCUCGGAGACAGCGCCACCGGUGGAGCUGAAGGAACCACCGAGUGGCGUGAGUGCAAUCGCCGUCCAGACGACAUUCCUCACCGGAGACGUGGUAGCGCCGCCGUACAGUCCGGUUGGCAGUUUCGUUCUCAGGCUGAUCCUCGUCAUGCUGACGAUCAUUGCCUCGUACGUGGCUGGUUACUACUGGAACUACAUCGAGCAAUGUGAGAUCUUCGAGCAACUCUACGAGAUCACCCAGCGGUGGCGCCGGGCGCUGCGGCCGAAGAGCGAACCAGAGGAGGCCUCGGCGGACAGUCCCCCCGCCGCCGGCGUUGAGGAGGAGUCUUCACCCUCGAGGUCCCGGGAUUCCCCGGUGUCGCCGCCCCACAGGCCGCGCCCCUCCAGGCGCGGGCCCCCCACCCUGCCCAAGCCGCGGCGCCGCCACGUCCUGGCGCAACUGCCGCCCGUGGCCGAGGAGGUGGCCGAUCUGCUCACGUCCGAACAAGUGGCCAGUCUCUUCGCGUCGGGGAAGGUUGCCGCCACACCGGUGGCCGGAGAGUUGUUCCCUCCACUCAUUGCCGCCGCGCCGAUGGUGGAGGAGGUCGCCACUACACCGAUGCCUGGAGAAUUUCCCACCCUCCCGGCGGCUGAGGUCGUCCGCCCACUGACGGCUGUACCGGAGCCCAGUCCCGCGACGGCCGAACAAGUGGCCAAUUUACCGAUUGAUAAAGAGUUGGACACCCAGCCGACGGCUAGGGAGUUGGCCGCCCCACCUCUGGCUCCUCUGCUGAUGACCGAAGUGGCGGGCACGUCGCCGAUAGCCGAAGAGUUUUCCAGCCGUCCGACGGUCGAAAAGGAGGGAAUCCCGCGGAUAGCCGAGGAAUUGGGCACAUCUUCGAUGUUCCAAGAAGCGGUGACCGGGCCCGCGAUGGCUCAACAAGUGGCCAGUCCACCGGUGGCCGAAGAAGUUUCCGGUCAAACGAUGGCCGAAGAAGUGACCGAUCUACUGACGGAUAAAGAGCCGGCCACCGCGCCGAUGACCAAUGAGUUGGCUGCCCCGCCGCUGGCUAACGAGGUGGUAAAUCUACUGAUGGCCGAAGAGUUUGACAAACUGCCGAUAGCUGGAGAAUCGCACACCCUGCCAGUGGCCGAGGCGGUCGUUAAUCCGCCGGUGGCCGAAGAGGUGGGCACGAAGACGGAAGAGGUGGGCACUCCACCGAUGGCCGAGGAUGUGCCCACCUUGUCCGGCGCAGAUAAGCACGUCCCUCGAGGCAGGCGAGGUCACUACCGGCGGUGAGCUUGUUCGCCCGAAGGAGCACCAGGUCCGGCACUAGGCCUCCAGCCUCUGCCUGGAGCCUCCAGGAAGGCCUGGAAUACCUGCCUGGAGCCUCCAGGAGUUCCUUCCAGCGACUUUCCCGCGGCGCCUGCGUUCCACUCGUCGACCCGAGACCCGCCAAGUUCUUGCAAUAAACCCACUGCCUCCGAGCUGCUUGCAGUCCACA